AGGUUCUGGGGCUGGCGGCCGCGGGGCACGCCGGGCAGCAGGUGGGCCGGCCCUGGGGCGGGGCGGCGGCCCAGCACCCGGAAGAGCAGCCGGCGGAGCGAGCGCAACAGGCGGCCGCCGGGGUUGCCGCGCUCGGGAUGGACAAGCUGAAGAAGGUGCUGAGCGGGCAGGACGCGGAGGACCGCAGCGGCCUCUCCGAGGUUGUGGAGGCCUCCUCCUUAAGCUGGGGCACCAGGGUGAAAGGCUUCAUUGCGUGUUUUGCCAUAGGGAUUCUCUGCUCACUGCUGGGGACUCUGCUGCUGUGGGUGCCCAGGAAGGGACUGACCCUCUUCGCGGUCUUUUACACCUUUGGCAACAUCGCUUCCAUCGGGAGUACCAUCUUCCUCAUGGGGCCCCUGAAGCAGCUGAAGCGCAUGUUUGAGCCGACGCGUCUGAUCGCGACCAUCCUGGUGCUGUUGUGCUUCGCCCUCACCCUGUGUUCUGCCUUUUGGUGGCGUAACAAGGGACUGGCGCUCAUCUUCUGCAUUCUGCAGUCCUUGUCCUUGACGUGGUACAGCCUUUCCUUCAUACCAUUUGCCAGGGACGCUGUGAAGAAGUGUUUUGCCGUGUGUCUUGCAUAAUACACUGCCAGAGCUGUGGAAGGCACCGGGAUGGAAGCCAGUGGACGUCUUUGUAAAUAUCCUCCAAGCCUGUGUCUGUAAGACACGUGCCUUUUAUCUUGCAGUCUCAACAUUUGAGGGUUCUGCCUUUGGAAGCAGUGACACGUUCCCACACCCAAAUGCCUGUCGCACAACCUGAGAGGUGGGUUCUGCAUCUCAUGGAGCAGAAUCUUCCUCUCUCACUGUUGCCUCUUUGGCUGCUGUUGCACUGAGUUCCCAUAAAUAAAAACCUUGCUAAACACCA